UGAACUUAAAGGUUUUCUACAUUUUUUUUACAUGAGGGUUUGAAUCAUUGAGAGUUUGAAUAGAAAAGAUCUUUAUUGUCAUUGCUAUAAAAAACAGUUUAGCAGCUCUUCUCAGCUACAAUAUUAAUAAUGUAAAGACAACAUUCACAGCUGUUUGUAAAGGUGAAUCAGCUGUGCAACUCGCCAUCAGUACAUGGCAUCCAUAGACUGUUAAUGGACGAAGAACCCAUCUGUUACUGCAGAGGGCUUUGGAGUCCCAUUUGUGGCAAAUAGUAGUGGUGUAACCAUAGGGUGUAACAGUAAUGCAUUACUUAGCAACGUCCCAACACUGGUGACAGGAGCAGUGUUUGGUUAGUUCCCAAACUGGCGACCCCUAUCAUUGUUCGAUUCCUGGGGGGGAACGUAAUACCCUUACGAUGAAGUUAACGCAGCCAUUUUAAGCCCAAUCCCUUUACUAUCAGAUUUAAAGGGGCCGUUUGCACCGCGCCACUGAGGCUGUUGCAUAUGAUUUAUUGAACAGGAUGCCAAAGACCUGUAAAAUGAUCGCACUAGUUUUCUUGAACAAAUGAGCACAUAUCAGAGUCUUUAAAAACACUCCACGCCCAAAACAGGUUUACUCUUCACUAAUGAUGUAAUAUGCACAGAGGGCGUUGUAGGGCUUGGGUUGUUCCCAAACCUGUGUUUUUUCAUCAGGUAUAAAGAGAGCUGCCUUCCUCUGCCUUUCACUCCAUCUGCAGCUCUGUCAACCCGUGUUUGUCUUCUGUUCCAUUCUUAACCAUGUCAACACCGCAAGCCGUCGGCAUCACAAAGCUGAAGGUAGUCGUUACCCUCCUGGUUGAGACCUACAAGGAGUAUGCCAGUGCUGGGGGCUGUAAGAAGACCUUAGACCACAACGAGUUGAAGACUCUGAUACAGACUGAGUUUCCUGAACUGCUCCAGGACCCAAGGUGCCAGAAGGAGAUGAAAGAGGUGACUGCUCUGUUCGACCAUGACGGAGAUGGUGUGGUCACCUUCGAAGAGUUUGCUUCGACCAUAUCUGCUCUGUCCUGUUGCAUGAACCAAAUGUCCCAAUGAGUGAACACUGCGUCCGCACCCUUGGGUGGGGCCAAAUGACACAGAAUAAAUCCCUGUGGUGACUGUUUUCUUGAACAACUGAAUAAAAAUCACUAACUUACCAUUUA